AUGCCGCCUGCCCCCUCGCUCCGCGCUGGCCCCAUCCCGUCCCUCUGCCCCCACGGCAGCGUUUUGGAGCUGGAGCGGAUGAUCAAGUCGGCCACGGGGAGAAGCGCCCUGCUCUCCUACAGCUGGUACGGGUGCUUCUGCGGCAUCGGGGGCAGAGGGACCCCGGUGGACUCCACCGACCGGUGCUGCCAAGCCCACGACUGCUGCUACAGGAGGCUGAGAGAGAGCAAGUGCAGGCCCCUCAUAACCCCCUACGACUUCAACGCUGCCGAUGGAGACAUCGUCUGCAGUAACGAGCAGAGCUGGUGCAAGAGAGAGACCUGCCUGUGCGACAAGGCGGUGGCUUCGUGCUUCGCGAGCACCUUGCACGCCUACAAUGAGUCUUACCGCUUCUAUUUCAAGCUGAAAUGCCGAGGAAGUAAGCUCCAGUGCUGA